AUGAGGGAAAUUAGACAGCAACCUUCGAAGCGGAAGCAUCGGAGUUCAUCGGAAGAUGUAGCAUACGAAUUCGAUGAGUCAUCAUCUUCGGAGUCGAAUAGUGUAGCGGACAACGACGUGUCUGCGCUCGCCGAGAGAAAACCCUCACUGAUAGCAAGAGAGUUGGCCCGUUACAAUAUAGACAUAGCUGCAAUCAGCGAAACGCACUUAAGCGAUACUGGAGAGCUGAGUGAGCACCUCGGAGGCUACACAUACUACUGGAGUGGACGCCCUGCCGGCGAGAGGGCCGGUAGCGGUGUGGGUUUUGCUAUCCGCAAUAGUUUGGCUAGAGAUCUGAGUGAACUACCCAAGGGUGUCAAUGACCGUCUCAUGACUCUACGGAUGCCAAUUUCUAAUAACAAAUACGCUCAUCUUAUAAGUGCAUAUGCUCCCACACUGCCUUCAGCAGAUGAAGAUAAAGAAUUGUUCUACCAACACCUAAGAAAAACUCUUGAGAACAUUCCGAUUUGCGACAAGGUUAUUUUGUUAGGUGACUUCAAUGCUCGCGUUGGCACUGAUUGUGACAUUUGGAACGGUGCCCUCGGAAAACAUGAAAUUGGGAAAUGUAACGAUAACGGCCUUAGAUUACUGUCGUUAUGCGCACAAUUCAAUCUUAGUAUCACAAAUACAUAUUUCCGACUUGCUGAUAAAUACAAGACCUCGUGGAUGCACCCAAGAUCCAAGCACUGGCAUCUUCUGGACUAUAUAAUUGUCCGUCAAAAAGAUCUUCGUGACGUUCUUGUUACAAGAGCGAUGCGUGGCGCUGUUGGCUGGACUGACCAUCGUCUUAUUCGAUCAAAGAUGCGUUUGCAACUAAAAGCACCACGACGAGCUCAAAACAAAAUUCCUCCGAAGCUAGCAUUCUCAAACCUUAUUACCUCACAAGAACUAGGUAAAACGUUAGAUUUGAAAUUUGCUGCAAGUGCUCCUGAACCCGACCAGGGUAACGUUGACGGUGAAUGGAAAUCAUUUGCCAAACACCUUCAUGACUGUGCGCUGGAUAUUUUAGGAAAACCCCAAAAAAGGAACCAAGAUUGGUUUGACGAAUCAGAUGAGGAAAUCAGAACCCUAGUUAAACGGCACAGACAUGAAUUGAAUUCAAAACAAAUACACGCGAAUAGCAAUAGGGAUGCUUCACGGAAAUUAAAAUGUAAAGUCCGUGAACUAAAGGACAAGUCGAUGGCAGCAAAGUAG